GUGCUGCGGGGCUUCACCAGUCGAGCAGUGGAGAGCAAGCAAAUAUGGCCGCCGUACGGCCACAUAAUAAUGCGUAGCGGAUUCGCCGCCGUUGGAAGCGAUCGCGUGCGAGUGCGUGUAUGAUGUUGCUGAAGGAUCGGACUGCGACGACGAAGAAGUAUCGCAGGCAUCAUGGAAGAAACGGUGCCAGAUCCGCGGCCGCUCCAGCGUGUGAAGUCGCAGUGUUAUCAGCGUUAUUUCUCUUCAGCCAAUAACUGCAAAAGACGACGGGAUUGCGAAAAUAUUCUGGAGAGUCUGAUGGCACCUGAUCUCGAGAAAAGACGCCAGGAAUUAAGGAGAGGCAGCAGCGGGACCUUGGAACAUGUUAACGAUCAAUCGGGCAUGCUCUUACAGUUGAGGUGUGCAGACGGCACGACGGAUCUUCAUCGUCAUGGUAGCAAUGCAGGCGGUGCGUCGUCAACGGUGACAUCGUCCAUCUCGAGAAGCACCAUAGGUAACCGUGCCCAUUCCGCGACCAGGAGGACGGUUCCUAAUCAGCAGUCACAGCAGCAACAAAUCUCACAACAACAACAGCAGCAACAACAACCAAAACAAUCCAGAUUUUUAUUAUCCUCCUUCGGUGGUAUAACUACGAGGAGUUCUGAUGAGCACGGAUCUAGGACCGGUACGACGCAAGACGACAAUUCGAACGACUCCGGUCUUGGCUCUGAGGAACGUCAGCAGCACUUUAACAACAUCACUCUCUGGAACAACGUUGGCGAGGAGGAUUCGAAGAGAAGGAAAAUGGAUAUUAAAUUAGAGUCCGAGGACGCAAACUUUGCGUUUCCGGAAGUAGCCCCCGGAACCAGCCCCGACAAUAAAUCACCGACAGUCAGAACUACCGUCAAUGGAAUCGGUUUGGGAGGAAUAUCCGGCAAUAGAUCCGGAAACACUAAUUCCAUAGGUAGAGUUGUGGGAGUAACUAGACCUCGACCUGCCAUGGGUGUUUUGUCCAAAAAGGCACCGAUCACUCAUCAGGGACCUGUUACUCUUAUUUCGCAACUAUCCAACGUUUCUACUGACGGUAAAACUCAACUGCAGAUCGUCUGUCAACCCGAGCAACAGCAUCGAGCUCGCUAUCAGACGGAAGGUUCGCGAGGCGCGGUGAAAGAUCGUAGCGGAAAUGGUUUUCCCAUCGUUCGACUGAUCGGUUACGACAAACCGACGAGUCUACAAGUGUUUAUCGGCACUGAUCUUGGCCGAGUGGCACCCCACAUGUUCUACCAGGCCUGUCGAGUAAGCGGCAAGAACUCGACACCCUGUGUCGAACGGAAGAUCGAUGGCACUAUUGUAAUAGAGAUUGAUAUGGAUCCGGCAAAAGAUGUUACCUGUGACUGCGUUGGCAUUCUUAAAGAGCGUAAUGUUGACGUCGAGCAUAGGUUUCCUCAAGAAGCCGGGCUGUUACAAGGAAGAAGCAAGAAAAAAUCUACGCGGUGCCGCAUGGUCUUCCGCACGACUAUCAAGCACGCCGAUGGAACUACAGAGACCCUACAAAUCUGUUCCCAGCCGAUAGUCUGCACUCAACCACCUGGUAUUCCGGAGAUUUGCAAAAAGUCUCUGACGUCCUGUCCGUGCACGGGCGGUUUAGAACUCAUCAUACUCGGUAAGAAUUUCCUGAAAGACACUCGAAUAGUCUUUCAGUUGGACAACGACGAUUUAUCGAGUAGCUUGGAACCACAUUGGGAAUGCACUGUGCUACCGGACAAGGAGCACUUGCAUCCAGUACACUUAGUAUGCGUGAUACCGCCUUAUCGUAGGCAGGAUUUAGCGCCUACAGAAACGGUCAGCGUCAAAUUGUUCGCGGUGUCGUCCGGAAAGACCAGCGAACCGCAUACCUUUCUUUACACGGCUGCCUCUACUCCCCCACAGCCGUCCAUAGGUAAAGUCGAGUCUAUCUCACCUCCGCUAACAAACGGUGACACUAAUCACUUGGCCACAUCCUCCUCCGCGGUAUCGUUAGCUACGGGUGUCGCAUCCAGCAGUCUGUUAACGCCAACAGCUGCGGGAGCUGCAAAUUUCUUAUCGAAUGCACCAGCUCAGGCGCAACAAAACACCUCUUCGGAGACUUUGAAAAGCGACCCCAGCCCACCACCAACGGGAACAGCCCAAGUGACUCCCGUGAUGUUGUGGGCCUCACAAUCCUCAAACUCACCUUCCGAUGUCAUGAUGCCACCCCCAGUGCUCGUAGCAAACCCCCUAAUGAAUCGACGAUCCUCAUCUAAUCUUCAGCUGAUCCUGCCAGAUAACUUAAAAACAGAAGUGCUGGAUGAAAACAGUCAAAAUAGUAUGCUAAGCGAAAAUAGCAUGCAAAGCAUUCCGACUCCGACAACGGCCACAAACGGACCGACAUCGGUCACCUCUCCUCUUCAACAGUUGGUUAACGAGAACUCUAGAGAAGCUGCAACUUCGCAAACUGAUAUUAUCCGGACUGUUGCCGUUGCGACGGCUAAUAACAGCCCUGUACAAGAGACUGUAAAUGGUCUUCUCGGAGUAGUGGAUCUGAUACGUACUCAGCAUCCUCUGUCAAUGGUGACUGCACAUCAUCCAACUUCGUUUGGAGGCAUGCAUGAAUCAAAUCAAGUUCAAGUUCUUAGUCCUCAUUGCCUUAAGGACACAAAUAGUGUCUUAUCAACGGACAAUAGCUCCAAUGGAGCUGCCCUUCAAGGUGCAGGUGUAGUCGAUCUUCGGAUGAAACAUCAUCAUCAUCCCGAAUUCGGCACAUUAUCGAGUUUUCCUGGUGCUUCCGGGACGCAGCCAUUAUCAGCAGCAAACAGUCAUGUGGUGGAGAAGUACCUGAAUCACAUGGAAUCCUCGGUUGGCACCACCGAGGAAUCAGAUAAUCCAGAAAAUGAGUUCGCUAUGCAACAGCAGCGAGCUUCUAUCAUUUCGGGAAGCAGCCAACAGUCGGCGGCUCCCCCGGGAAUUUUAGCCAAUACAGGACAAACAUCUGUAAAGUUGGAUGCUUUAGUAAACUCUGCGGCUGAACAGAUGGUCUCUCCGUUGCAUUCGGUAAAUUCCAAUCCCACUGCAAUGUUGAGCCAUGUGGCAGCAGAACAUGAAACAAUGGGUAGCGCCCAACAGACUAGAAAUAGUCCACCAAUUCCGGUGAAGACAAUGCUGCUGGAAGCGCUGAUUCCGUCGCAGACGGUACAGCCAUUAGCAGAAAUUGCGGGUACAACAUCGGUAGCACCUGCGACGACAGUAGAACAACCAGGAGAUAAUCUCCUGACCACUAUUAACGCUGCACUAUUACCGCCAUUACCAGAAACACAAGUCACCGCAGCAACUGCCACACCCAAUUCUACGGUUUCUGGUAAUGCGAUACCAGCAGUUGCAGCAGAGCGUAUGCAACAGCAGAUUCAAGUACUCACGCAACAAGAGGUAGCCGUGAUGCAGCAACAGGUACAACAAGUAGAGCAAGUAGUAGCGCAAGCGCAGCAGCAAGUUGAACAAGUUGUUGCGCAAGCGCAGCAACAGGCAGUCCAAGUAGUGCACCAGGCUCAGCAACAGGUAGUUCAGCAAGUAGUGCAGCAUGCUCAAGUAGUGCAGCAAGCGGUACAACAAGUACAAGCUGUGCAGCAAGUUCAAGCGGCUCAGGUGGUGCAACAAGCAGUGCAGCAGGCGACUGAAGAAGUUGUACAACAAGCAGUGCAGCAAGCAACGCAAGAAGUGGUGCAGCAGGUGCAAGCAGUGCAGCAAGCUGUCCAACAGGCUCAAGCAGCCCAAGCUAUGCAGCAGGCUGUUCAGCAAGACAUCGGUUCCAUGUUGAAUCAGCCCGCGGGUUUUGUGGCCGAAGCUAGCUCCGCUUUAGCUAGUGGAGCUGCUCAGGAACCCUCUCAACAGCGUUUGACCAACGCAGCGGAACAAGCUAUUAACAGUGUCAUCACUAACGCCACAAAGGAUAUUAUCAAUAAUCGGCCGAUCUCGACAACUACCGCUCACGCAAUCAUCGCCACAAAGAAAAUUCUAAACAGCGUGGCGACUCAAAGCGCACAAUUGAUGAAUAAUGCGAUGGAGGGAAUCCUACCAAAAUCUCCCUCGGCACAAAACAACAUCAUCGAACAAGUUGCCAGCAAAUCACCACCAGUCGCACUCCCAGUCACUUCAAAUCGCCAAACUGUAAACACUCCGAUUCCCAACUCUGCCCCGAGUACCUCAACUAGUAGGAAGACGGAGGAUGGAAUGCUGCCUCAAGAACUCACCUCCAUGUCGGAACAUGAUCUUCUAAGCUACAUCAAUCCCAACUGUUUCGAGCAGCUUCCGCAAAGCGGAUUCCUCUUGUAGUACUAUUGCGUUUUGCAACAAAGACAAAGAGGAUGAUUUUCUUCAACGAAUUUAUUUCUGAAUGAAAGUUUAAAGAACUGCCUUCCGUGUCCUGCAUUUGAUGCUAAACAUAGACGGUUGGUUUUAAAUUUCACUUGCCUUAUAUUGAAGAGUGUUUCAAAUAUUACAUGGAGCUUAGACUAGACCGUAAUUAGCUAAAUGUGGGAUACAAAAAUUCAAGAACGUUUGAACAAUUAAAACGUUUUAUAAGUGAGAUAAGAAUAUAAGGCGGGCAUUCAAAUUUAAAUUAUUAUUUAAAUCGUGCGUUCAAAUAAGAUAAAAUAAUGCAAAUAAUGCAUACGGUAAUAUCCUGAAAUAUGUACUUUUUUGAAAAAAUUGAUAGACUUACUGCGAAGUUCGGUAGAAGUGAAUAUAAGAUCGUUUUAAGAGUUGCUUAAAAUUCCUUUAAAAAUCGAGAUAAAUGUACACUAUUAAAAAUGUCAUGAAAUUUAAUGUAUUUUCAACUGAAAAGUAUUUGUGUACAUGAAAUUUAGUAUACUUUUCAUAAAAUUUUACGAAAUACAGUACAGCAAAAAUAUAAGUAUGCAAAUAGCUUAUGGGCGAAGAAGUUUAUCCAAGUGUGAAACUAUAAUAAUUAAAUUUUUUUUAUCAAGGAAUAAAAUUCAUAUGAAAUAUGUAUAGCAAAAGCACAGUAUGGAAAUGUUGGAUAUAAGCAUUUAUAAAUGGAGUUAAAAAUUAAAGGACAACAAUGCUUCGAGAACAUAUCGCAUUCCCGCCGCUUAAGAACAUCAAUAACAAUAUACGUAGAUGAACUUUUUCGCUCAUAUUUGUCGCUUUUACUGAACUUUGCGCAGGUUUAUCGAUUUUUUUCAAGAAAGUACUUACAUAUUUCGAAAGAUCAUGUGAUGCGGACUGCACUCCCGUCUCAUUUUUUGGCCGCGUAAUUUAAAUUAGAAUUUAAAUUUGAGCCCUUCGUAUGUCUUUUAAACCUUGUGUUGUCUUGACUUAUUAUUGUGCAGGAUUAAUCUCAACUCGGAUUGCAAGGUCGUUAUUUUAUUCCGAUAUUGACGAUUCUGUGCCACAUUUGUGAUGUGAAAUCUUUUAUAAAAAGGGAAAAAUAGAAGUGCAGUAAAUGCAAAACUCUGGGUCUGAGCACAUUUGUCUUUAGUUGAACAUAUUCUCUUCGGAGUUAUCUUAAUUUUGGGAUUUUAAAGAUCUCAAUUUUCGAUAUUCUAAUCUUAAUUCUUUCGAUAUGGCAGAGUCCAGCUGAACAGCGUUUCUAAACGAAUGUUUAGUAGCAUAUAACAGCAUAUAACUACUGCAAUAUGUACCCUAGAGAAUUUCGUGCAUUUUUGAAGACGUAAGAAUGUUUUCAUAUACUUUUCAAAAUUCAUUAUCCUUCCCAAAAAGUUAAUAAUUGAUUUUGUACUAUAAUAAGACUACUAUGUUUAUGAGACAUUUCGCUAUUUAAAGCAAAUUUCUUAAUGACCCAAAGUUUUCAGAGAUAUUUCCUGAUCGUUCUGUGAUUCACGGUGAGGAAAUGCCGUAAGUCCACAGCAGUAGAUCAUCUUAGAUCGAGAACUAUUAAUAUUUAAGUAUAAGACGGGCGCACGAGAAAGCGCGACAAAUUCAGAUGUUCUUCUCUUUCACACAUCUUUUCUUUCUUUGUAUGUUUUUUUCUAUGAAUUGUCAAUCUUUCUUGGCGAUUCGUUAUUUAUCUUCAAUGAUAUACGCGACUAGGUAUGUUGCAUAUUAUCUUGUGCUUUAUUUUGGUCUAAUUAAAUUCUUUUUAUUUGCAGGAAUUCACCAAGUGAAUAAUGCAAACGUAGAGAAAUAUGAUGUAAAUGUUCAGAUAAUUAAUUAAUCCUUAAACGUCGCGUUUUAAAAUUAUCCAAUUCUAUGUGAAUCCCACAUACAAUUGGGAGAUCCAACAGCGUGGUUUUAGAGUUAAUUAAUAUUACUAGUUUAAUAUUGACAAAAGAAAUUAAGAACUUAAUCGAAGGAUAGUGAAGAAGAAAAAUCCGGCCAAGUUUCCAGUUUUAAUUUCUCGAAUCUUGGAAUCUUGUCUUGCGUUUUGCAAAGUUAAAAAAUGCCGGAAAUAUAAACGCGUAAUUAUAUGAAUCAUUAUUGUUUACGCUGUUGUGAUUAUUAUUGACUUGAUUUCAUUGCGAAAGAAUGGAUCAUCUCGUCGUGGCCUUCAUAUGUCUCAAGUAUAUAUUUCAUAUAUUUAGAAUAUGUAUAUUGUUUGAUAAUUGAAGUUAUUUUGUUUUCUUCUCUUUUUUGUUAUCUAGUAUAUUGAUAAUGAUAAUAGAGUUAUGUGAAUGCGUUAAUGUUCAUUAUUUUCAUAGAGGAAUAAAAAACGGGGAA